GAUCGGCCCAUCCGCCACGAGAUCAUCCUCGAGGACGGGGCCGUACCUCCGCGCGGUUGCAUYUACCGAAUGAGCGAGGAAGAGUUAAGUGUGCUCCGUUCACAACUUGACGACCUUCUAGAGAAAGGCUGGAUUCGGCCUAGCUCAUCGCCAUACGGUGCUCCUGUUAUCUUCGUCCGGAAGAAGAACAAGGACCUGCGGUUGUGCAUCGAUUAUCGCAAGCUCAACGCGCAGACAAUCAGGAACCCUGGCCCUCUCCCACGCAUCGACAAUCUCCUCGAACGACUGGGCGGCGCCAAGUUUUUCUCCAAGCUGGACCUCAAGUCAGGAUAUCACCAACUCGAGAUUCGCAAGGAGGAUCGCUACAAGACCGCGUUCAAGGCACGGUAUGGGCAUUUCGAAUGGCUGGUCAUACCGUUUGGCCUUACGAAUGCCCCAACCACUUUUCAAGCGGCUAUGACAACGGAGUUCCGACACAUGCUGGAUCGGUUUGUACUCAUCUACCUCGACGACAUCUUGGUGUACAGUCGGAGUUUGGAAGAGCAUGUGGAACACCUGCGCACCAUUUUGGAGCGGCUACGACAGGCCAAGUACAAAGCAAACCACGACAAGUGCGAGUUCGCACAACAGGAGCUGGAGUACUUGGGCCAUUAUGUGACGCCGAAAGGCAUCCGUCCGCUCGCGGACAAGAUCGAGGCCCUACGAGUGUGGCCCGAACCCACCAACACCACGGACGUUCGUCCAUUCAUGGGGUUGGCGGGCUAUUAUCAGCGAUUCAUCACCGGAUAUUCCAGGAUUGCUGCACCUAUGACGAGGUUACAGUCGCCAAAGGUGCCAUUCGUAUUCGAUGACGACGCACGCCGGUCAUUCCAAGCACUUAAGACGGCUAUGCUCAUGGCACCCGUCCUUAGCAUCUAUGACCCCACCCUGCCGACGAGAGUGACUACGGACGCUUCCGGCUAUGGCAUUGGGGCAGUCUUGGAACAGCAGGACGGCGACGACUGGCACCCUGUGGAGUACUUCAGCCACAAAGUGUCUCCCAUCAACUCGCUUGAUGAUGCAAGGAAGAAGGAGUUACUCGCGCUCUCAAGCGAUGGCGACACUUCCUCCUUGGGCGUCGUAGGUUCACAUGGGUUACGGACAACAAUCCAUUGACCUACUACAAAACGCAGGAUACGGUGAGCAGCACGAUCGG